AUGGCCGAAGAAUUCUCCUCUGUGGUCAAUGAGACCCAAUGCAAGCUAGACAUGCUAUUCCGUACGAUGAUGGAAAGAUUGGAAAAUGCAAGCGAGCACGCCGACGAGCUGGAACGACAACGAGGCGAACUCCUGCUAUGGCAGUCACAUGCUCAGGAUCGGGAUGCCAAUCUAAAACACACCAUCAGCGAACAAGGAGAACGAGCUAGGGAAUUGGAACAAUUGGUGGCCUAUGAGCAAGUCCGUGCCAAAGAGGGCAAGGACGAUCACAUGCGGAAAUCCCUCAAGGCUCGCCAAAAGGUCAAGCAACUUGAGGCCAAGAUCGAGAGGAUGAAACAGGUUGUUGCUUCAACAAUUCAUGAAGAACAGGGCAAGGCUCAGCUUUUGAGAGAGCAGAAUGACACGAUAUCCAAGAACCAGGUCGAAAUUAACGAACUUAGGGCGAAUUUCCAGGCAGUAGAGAAGGAACUUUCGCAGAGAAGCCUACAAGUCGAGGAGUUGAAGCAGGAAUUAGAGCACAUCAGGGAAAGAUACCAAGAUGCCGACAUGUUGUCGCGACAGAGAUUUGAAGAGCUGCAGGACCAGUCCAAGGCAGAAAUACACUCGUUCCAUUAUGAAGCAGGCGAAGAAAAGCGCAAAAGACGGGCUGUGGAACAACAACUUGAGAGAUUGAAAAGACGAGCCGAGUCGAAAACUGCCAAACACCAGAGGGAAAUCAAGUUGCUCAAACUCGAAAUUUGUGAGUCACAGGACACCACGGCUGAAAUGAGACAAGAGCUACACCAGAAACAAUCCGAGAUUAAAGUUCAGUCCGCAGCUUUGACCGAAAAGAACGACAAAAUCUCAAAACUCUUGCAAUGGAUAUUGAAGUUAAAAGACGAAAACGAGAGUGCGCAGCAAGAGAUGAGCGCUCGCCUGGUUGCCGCUGAGGGCGACACAGCCACCUUCAGAGAUCAGCUUAAGAUGGCUGCCCGCGAGCUUCAGGAUAUGCGCCAAGAAUUGGUCACCGUCAAGAUGGCAGUUGCCAGUCUAUCGAACAGGGGAGGCGCUCUGGAAGUGAUUCGGUUGAUUGGCAACCACCUCAGCCAAUUUGCACAAAGGUCAGUACGGUCCUGUAAUCCGAACCACAGCCAGUACCGCCACGUCACCAACUGCGGUACCUUGUUGUGCUCAGAGUGUCUCCAGCAAGCUCUCGCUGAUGGGUACGCAGACACGGCGCUGACCCUCGGUUCGAAGGAUGUCUUUGAGGUCAACUGUCCAUGGUGUCGGUCAGAAUUUUGGACCUGGGAGACUCUGGCCAUCCCUUAUUCAAUGUCUUGGGUGACGGAGCUGAGGGCUCUCAUUGCUGCGAUAGAUCGAUUCGAGCCAACUCUCAUCGCGGCGGAGAAUUGUGUCGGGGCGAAGGAACACUGA